CUUUAGAAGGCGUUCCUCGGAACUCCAUAUAUAGAAUGUUAGAAUCCGGCGGAGAGCAGCAGACUGGGAUAAGUGUGUGACAAAGAGAGCGGCCGGGCAGACACAUCCGCUAUCUAAUACAUUGUAUCAGCCACACAACAACAUGUCUAUAGGUAGCAAUUUCGCCAGACUAUUAAAGAAGCAAGUGAGUAAUAUUAACUCCCAGAAGAAAUGGACCCACUCUGUGGCUGUGAUAGGAGCUCCAUUUUCAAAAGGCCAGGUGAGCUAUCAAUCAUCUUUUUGUAGGCUGAAAGAGAUAUAUAAUGUAUUUAUCAUAAAUAUAUUUGUAAGUAAUGACUCAUUUUUAAGGAUUGGUGGGGGUUUUUUUCUGACAAACUCCGGAUGAAAGACCAGGCCAUGACUUGCAGUCUUUGUGGUGUAUCUGUGUAGAAUGCAGAUCUUUAUCCCUUAUCAAAGCAUCAACCAAACUACAAUUUUAAAUAAAUACGUUGCCAAUACGUUGUGAUUUAUUAUUUAUUAUUAUUUUUUUUUUGGGGAGAGCGGAUUUAAAUGUGGAUUUAAAAAUAUGAUCUAUUUAUCCAUUUCAUGCUCUUAAAAAAUUAAAUGUAUGUAUAUGUAGCAUCCUCUUUAUCAAACAUCCUUCUAGAAACUUCACUGUAAGGGUGGUUCAGGUUCCAAUAUAAAGAUCCUCAAUUCAAAUGUCUUUAAUUUAUCAACUGCAUCAUUAAAUUAAAAUUAAAUUUGUGGAUGGCAUUACUAAUGUAAUAGGUAAAAUCCCAGACUAACGUUCAAAGAAGUAGCUAGUUAUACAGAUCACCAAGUGGAAAUUUUUAUUUAGGUCAGUUACAAAUGCUGUGGGAAUUCUAUGAUAGGGCUGGGUUUGUACAUCUUAACUGCUUGUUUAAAAAAAGAAAAGAAAAAAACAACUACAUACUUUGGUAAUUACACAUUUAAAAUUCAGUUUAUUGCUUGCUUUGUUUCAUUGUUCUGGAAAUAUUGCAAGUCACAAAGAUCUAUGUAAGCAUUAGCCUAAAUCUCCCUUCUAACUGCAAUCUUGAGGAUUCUGAAUAAAGAAUUGUGCUAAUCCCUCUAUAAGUUAUUGUUACUUAGAAAGUACUAUCAUAUUUAACUGGGCUGUAUAAUGGGUAGACAAAGCAAGGGAUGGAAGGAAAUUAUGACUGCUGUAUGUCAGCUGAACAAGAGAUAGGGAGGGCCAUAAUGAAAUAAAUAAACAUAUACCCAAACCAUAAUUCAUAUGUACGAAAAACCGAAAGAUGGUCUUGUGAAAGUUAUACUAAUAAAGAAAUAACCUUGUGAAAAAAUAGGUGAGGAUCAGAAUAACAUAGCGACUGUGAAUUAAACCAAACUUGCACAUGAAAACCGUUUAUUCACAUGCAAAUCAAAAAUAGCCAACACUAAUGAUAGGGCAGUAGAAUACAUAGUAUAAAAUAUAAUUAUAUAUUAUUUGGCCACUCUUUUAUUAUUUGGAGUUCUCUUUUACAGGUCGUUGGGCUGGGGUCCUUGGCACUCUAAAAUCAACCAGUUAAAUGUCCGAUUUAACUAAUCAAUUGAUAGUCCAUCCCCCUUAUUCACUAAUUACACCAAUACGAUUACACCCCACUGGACAUAUAUAUCACACAAGCAUAUGAGAUCCUUCACAGCCAAUGUGCUAAGCCCUAUACGGCAAGGCUUAGUUCAUGCAGAGAAGGUCCAUCUUCCACUGAGGUGGGGUGACACUUCUUGGACCAUGGGUUACUUACAUAGUAGUCUUGGGUGAAAAAAGGCUAAAGUUCAUCACGUUCUACCAUGAAACCCAUUCUUUAAUGCUGUUGAAAAUACCUUCUUUACUCCACAAUGGCAAUCAGAUUUCUCCUUGAAUCAACAACAUGCUUACAUACAUAUCAAUUAUAAAUUUGAAUUUUCUGUUUAUGCAAAAACAAAAUCUAAACUUUUUUAAAAAGUAUCUAUAGAAUCUGAUAACAGAAUUUAAGCAGAUAAUUUAAACCCUUUCCUCUUCUUUAAGUGAAAACGCCUUUCUUCCAGUCUCAAUGGGGGCCCUCUUAUCUGCUCUAUAUUUCUACUAAUGAAUAGGUUAGCACCUAGCGGUUUGUACUGACUCUGUAUAUAUUUGUAUAGUGCUAUCAUAUCUCCUCUGUGGGGAUUUGUUCUAAAUUUGACUGCUUACUGUUGGAGAUGGGGGUAGUGGGGGUGGCACUGGAGUACUUACAUGCAUGCAGUGAUUAUGGUGCUUGAAGUGUUCUUUUAAGUAUAGAAAAAAAGUAAAAUUCCCCACUUUAAAAAAUAAUAAUAAAUUAUAUAAUCUUACAAACUGUCUAUCUACAAUCUGAGAUUUUAAACAUGGUGUUUGUGGUUGAAGUCAUUUGGGUGGAUACAAAUUUGUGCUAAUUAGUUUUUAUAAUUUUGGGUCAACUGCAAAUAUUGGCUUCUACAUUUUAUUGUCAUCUUAAAUGGUCUUGAUAAAAUGCAUUAGGGUUGUGUGUUUUAUGGUGGCAGAAGGCAUAAAAAAAGAUUUUGAGCAGAUAGCAUUUAAAUCAUUCAGGAUAAUUAUCUUACUGACUUUUUUUUUUUUUAUAUAUUAAAAAGUCAGAAAUCUGUGUGUAGAUUUUAAAAGUACAGGGAGCCAUGCUACAAAAAAAUGAAAACUCAAGGCCUGUCUCGAACGUUAUCUCUUUAAAAGAACACUAUAGGGUCAGGAACACAAACACCAUUUAUGUCUAUUUAUUUCCAGUGCUGCACAGGUCUGUCAGUGCUGGCCCUGCCCUCUUGGUGAUGUCAGAAUUGCCGAUUUUUAGCUAAUCCAAUGCUUUCCCAUGGGGAAUGUAUUGGAUUGGCUAAAAUCAGCAAGGGGGCUGAACUAAAUGCCAUUUUGGCCAAUGAGAACCUCCUCAUAGAGAUGCAGAGCAUGGGGAAGCUGAACGGCAAGGCUGCCUACUGUACAGCACUGCCCCAGGAAGCACCUUCAGUGGCCGUCUGAGGAGUGGCCACUUGGAGGUGUCCCUAGGGGCAAUGUAAAUACUGCCUUUUCUCUGAAAAGGAAGUGUUUGCAUGAAAAUGCCUGCAUAUUAUGAUUAUACUCACCAGAACAAAUACAUUAAGCUGUAGUUGUUCUGGUGACUAUAGUGUCCCUUUAAUCUUCCUGUCUGUCUAAUUAUCUAAUAUAUUUUAUUAUGUAAAACUUACUGUACUCCUCUUUCCUGGUUUUAUUGUGAUAAAAUUAAGUUUUAUUUUUAUUUAUUUUUAAUCUCAGUUAAAAAAAAAUAACAACAAAGCGCAUGGGCUGUUGAUGAAGGAGUUAGGUUAGAUUUAAAGGAUAUUUCGUAGUAAUCUGUUCUUAAUCAAUUGCUAUGCUGAUUUUAGUGACCAGCUAAUGAAUUUAUUUUAUUUAUAGAAAAAGAGAGGCGUGGAACAUGGACCCACAGCGAUAAGAAAUGCUGGACUUUUGGAAAGGCUUUCCAAAAUAGGUAAGACAAGUAAAAAAAAACAUAUCACACAAAAAUAUUACAGAUAUGUUUAAAUAAGACACACAAUUGAGAUAGAGUUCAAUCGUAGAUAAAUGUUAAUGAACUUGUUUAUUGCUAUAUCAAAAAUCCACUUGCUGGUAGAGCAUUACAUGUGAUUCCUGUGAUGGUCCUUAGAACAGUCUGGUAGUUUCAUACAGUCUAGUCUGUUGUUAAAACUAGCAACAUAGUUAGUUACUUAUUAAGAGGCUGAAAAAACACCCAAGUUCAUCAAGUUUCUUGCUAUACCACAAAUCCAAUGCUAUUCCUCUGAUGGUCCUUAGUAUAGUCCUCUGGCUUGAUCCAGUCUGUUGUUAAAAAUAGCAACAUAGCUACAUAUUACUAGAGGCUGAAAAAAGACUCAAGUUCAUCAAGUUCAGCCUUUAUACAUCUGUUACACAGGCUGAAAAGAGAGCUGAGUCCAUCAAGUUCAGCCUUUCUCACAUGUGUUUUUGCUGUUGAACUUAAAGAAGGCAUAAAACUCAGUCUGAAGUGUAUCGAAUUUUGCAACAAACUAGGAUUUUUUUUCCUUUAAACCCCAGAAUGGCAGUCAGAUAUCUCAAUGGCUCAAGAAGCUAUUAUCCCACUAAUCAAAAUUAUAUGUGUGUUAUGUUGUUACAAGUAUUAAUCCAAUUGCUCUGAUAAAACCACCUCUUCAGGCAGAGAAUUCCACAUCCUUAUUGUUCUUACUGUAAAAAACAUUUCCUUUCCUUAGACUUAAUCUUCUCUUCCAGUAUAAAUCUGUGACCUUGUGUCCUAUGGUCCUGAUUUAAGGGCCAAUUUUCCAUACAAUGGUUUGCAUUGGCCUCCAAAUAUAUUUGUAUAAUGUUAUCAUAUCCCCUCUGAGGCGCCAUUUUUCCAAACUAAAUAGAUAUCAAUUUGUUAACCUUUCUUCGUAACUAAAACGCUCCAUUCCUUUUAUCAAUUUCGUAGCUCGACUCUGCACUUUUUCUAGUGCCACAAUAUCCUUCUUUAGAACAGAUGCCCAAAAUUGCACAGAAUAUUCAAGGUGUGGUUUUAACAGCGAGGCAAAAUUAUAUUUUCAUCCCGAGAAUUUAUGCCCCUAUUUAUACAUGACAAAAUCUUACUGGCCUUAGCAACCGCAGAUUGACAUUGCACAUUGUUGCCUAGUUUGCUGUCUACAACAAUUCCAAAUCCUUCUCGAGUGUUAUCACUAAUUCACUACCAUUUAGGGUGUAAGUUGCUUGUACAUUACUGCGGAGUGCAUAACUUUGCAUUUCUGUACAUUAAAUUUCAUCUGCUAUUUGAGUGCCCAGUCCUCUAAUCUAUCUAAAUCCCUCUGUAGCAAAGCAAUAUCCUGCUCGCAUGGCAAUACUUUACAAAGUUUUGUGUUAUCGGCAAAUACUAAAAACAUGGCUUUUAAUGCCUAUUUCAAGAUUAUUUAUAAAUAUGUUAAAUAGGAGUCCCAGAACAGAACCCUGAGGGACACCACUUGCCACCACUGUCCAGCUUAAAUGUUUUUUUUAACAUAAAUGACUACCCUCUGUACUUUAUAUUUAAGCCAAUGUUCUCGCCAAGAACAAGAAUUUUCAUCUUAAUUUCAUUUUUUCAUUCAGACCAAUUUCUUUUAGUUUGAACACUAACCUGUUGUGAGGAGCAAAAUCCAAGUAGUUCAUAUCCACUGCAACACCCUGAUCUAUAUUUCUACUUUCUUCUUCGCAGAAUGCAAAUUAGUUAGUUUGACAUGACCUAUGUUCCAUAAAACCAUGCUGAUUAUUGCUAACAAAGUUCUUUACAAUGAAUUUCUUAAUAUUAUCCCUUCAUAACCCUUCAAAUACUUUCCCAGCCACAGAAGUUAAGUUCACAGGUCUAUACGUUCCAGUCAAACCCUUUUUGCCUUCCUCCAAUCCUCUAAUACAAUUCCUGAAAGAAAAGAAUCUUAACUUAAAUACAGAGGUUCACUUAUUUCCACACUUAGCUCCUUAAAUACUUGUGGGUGAAUACAGUCAGCCCCUGGAGCUUUAAUUACAUUAACUUUCUUUAGCUGCUGUAGCACCUUGUCUUAAGUCAUCCAGUGAUUGCUAACCUGGACACCAUAAAUUGUUUCUGGACUACAUUUCCCAGUUUUUGUUUAUUGAAACAUGCAUAAAAUCCUAGGUAGAGUGAGGUCACGUAAGAGUGUGGUCGGACUAUUUGUUUGUGGUUUCGAUACCUAGGUCAUGGCAAUUUCUCGUUUUCUAGUUUAGCCACUCUAAUUGCCUUUUUGCAUACAUUAUUGGCUUCCGCUGUUUACCCAAAAGAAGUCAAAAAGAAAGAGAAAAUUUGAUGUAAUUCCCAACCCAGCCAUGAAAAUCUUAAAUAUGAAUUUCAAGGUUUAAAAAAAAAUCGAGGUUUUUAAAAAAUUUAUGCAGAAUAUGAUAAAACAUACUUUUUAUGAAGGAAAUUCCAAAAUUGUAUCAUUUUAACUGUAAAGAAACUUUUAUUGUAUGAAUGUAUGAGAUGGAGAGCUAUCUAAAUAAUCCUAUUUGUAGAUUGAAUAUGCUAUCUGAUUCAGUAUUAAAACAACAGCUGUUCUCAUUGGCUUUGACUUUCUACUCUGGAAUAAGUGGUUUAUUGUUAUAUAAAUUAUUUAAACUUGACCUAUGUUUUGGCUUUUUUUCACAUUCCGAAAUGUGUCCUAAUUUCACACUGCAACUUGAAUUGACACCUGGUCUAGAUUGUCAUUCACAGAGGAAGGAUGGUUGAUAUAAAAUCACUGCUUUAUAUGAUCCAUACAUUUCUUUGCAAUGUCCCUUGUUUGUUGCAUAAGCUUUUUAUAAGAGGAGUUACUUUUAAAGGAUUCACCAUGUUUGUCUCAAACUAGAAGACAGCACAGUAUAUCACUUCUUCUAGUAAGGGUAAUUUAAACAUGUUGUUGUACUUGAAAGACGUUCUCCUGAUUGCAGAGAGAUCUGGUUUCACUGUAAACAUGCCAAAGUGAUGUCAGCUUGGAAUUUGCAAGUCAUACAUCCAACUGCCUGUAGAACGCUUGAUGAGUUGACUGUAUCUGUGCCCUUCGAUUCAUUGGAUGUGCUCACACAUCAGUUAUUCUUCAACAUGAGAAAGCAUUUUGUAAAAUUUAGAAAUACAGUUUUGGUUUUUUUUCUUUGUUGACAAAAUUGAAGAGUUUCCUUUGUGCUGUGAAUCUGUGAAUCUUACGUCACAUACCUUGUGAAUCAGUGCAGGAAAUGUUGAAAGAAAAAUACAAGUGAUGAACUUUACUUGGAGUAUAAGACAGACCCAUCAUGUAGGUCUUUGGAUGACUCUUGUGUUUUAGUCACUCUGUGCCAUUUAUAGGUGUACGGUGUGUAUUGUAAUAUUGUUUGGGGAAUGCUUUGUGUUAUCCCCUGUCUGGCUGUGGGGCCUUGCAGCGCCAUCUGUUGGUUGCAACAAUUAUGUGUACUACCUGAAUAGCAAGACUUAUUAAUUUGCACAUUCAGGUAGAUUUGCAUAUUCUGGUUUAUGCAUGCAGGGGACAUAUUUAAUGUUUGUCUUUGACUUCUCCACCCCUAUUUAUGUAUUGUUUUGUAUUAUUAUGAGUGCCUGUAUUAUUCCCCAUAUGAGUUUUUUUGAUAUGUAUUGGAUUGAGUGUGUCACCAUAAGUUUAAUGUAAUGUUGAUAGAUGCUAGUCCUGAGUGUAAAUAAAGUAUUGUGUUCUAGUCUGGUUUGCUCAGGGAUUCCAGUAGCAAAGUCUUUGGAUCUCCUUGCUGGCUACACUAGUCCCAGGUCGCGAGGACAAGAAAGAGCUAGGCCUGAGAGCAGCAAGUGUCUUUGUAGAGGCAGUAGUUGAAAGCAGGACAGGUAGAGGAGUCAAUACCAUUUGCCUGGGUGAUUAUGCAAGGGCAGAGGAGUUGAUACCUGCCUGGGAGAAUUAAUAUGGGCAGACGGGUCAAUACCUGCCUGGGAGGACAAGCCCUUCCAUAAACCAGCCCAUCUGGGUAAACUGUAGCUGUUGGCUUGACCCCCGGCCUCCGUAACAGUCUUUGCUGGUAGACCUACAUCCCUCGGGGAGUUCCGUCACAAGUGGUUUUACAGUUUAAAUAAUCUGUUCGGCACAUGUUUACCAACUGUCUCUGUACAGUAUUCAAAGGUGCACAAAAAUGUGGCAACAUAACCAGUUACCUGAUUUACUUGCAUUUAUACCACUAAUUUAUGAUGGGUACUCUAUACUACAUCUAAUUGAAUUUUUUAGUAUGGUAUUUUAGGUGAUCUAAAUAGUGGAUUUAGAUCAUAGCUUCUCUAGUCCAAGUUUUGUAUUGUCUUUACUCAUUUCCAUGUUGUGAUCAGGAUAUAGGAAUCUAACUUGUGAGUAUUGGCAAGACACUGACCAAGAGUAUUGGGAAAACAUGGAUAGAAAUACAUAUUAUUGGUUCAGGAGAUUGCGUUCAGUCUAAAGCAAACUGGUAUUGAUCAGGCUAGUUAAGAAACUGUUUGGGACAAACUACAGAAUACAAAUAAUGCAAAAUAAAGCCUGGCACUCCACUAAGAAGGCAUUGGCUUGCUUAGUUCAUUGCCAUCCAUGGACACUAUACUGUUGGUGAUGCUGGUAAAUCUACAGUUCUAGUGGUUGCCAUCUGUCUUGCAUCCAUGGGCGUCCGCAGGAAUUUUUCCAGGGGGGGGCAUAAUUGUAAUGACAUCCAUGCUUGGUACCUUUUUGACAGUGUCAUGAAAGGGAAGGGGCAUAGCCAUUAUCACAUAAAGCCAGGGUGAAUAGCGUUUUCACAACUAUGGUGUCAGGAAUAUAUGUUUGUAUUCCUGACACUAUAGUGUUCCUUUAAGCAAAUUAAAUACCAUUCUGGUCACCAUAACAACUUCACCUAAAUGAAAAUGCUAUGAUGCCAGGAAGCCCCUGGGUGCUCGCUUUCCUUUAAGGGGUUAAAUCGCUCUCAAAUGGUUUAACCCCAAAGGCUUCCUCCAGCUCCAGGUCGCUCAGUGGUAUUUGGCUUCUGAAACAGAGUGUCAGGAAGUGCAGAUUGACGUCAGGCAUGGGUGCCGCUGAUUGGCUAGAGUGGACAGUUGACGCUCUAAGCCAAUCGCUAGUUCCCGGUUCAUAAAAUAUUUUUACUUUUUUAUGAAUGGGGAGCUACUGAUUGGCUUAGAGUGCCAGCUGACCGCUCUAGCCAAUCAGCAAGCCAACGGCACUCUGUGCUUCCUGACACUCAGUAAAUAAAAGUGAACACAUUAAUACUGAUAUUUUUUUACCUUUGGAGAUGAGAAGGUCCAGCGUUUCCCUGCCUGGCCCAGGUACCAAAGCCUUAUGAUGUGGUGUCCAGAAUAAAGUGGAGGUUCACUUCAUUUGUCCUUCCUGCUCCAAUCUCCUUUUCCUCUCCUUCAUUUGACAGUCUUUUUUUUUCUUCUGACACUGUUUUCUAUCCUUGGCCCCUUCUGCUCUUUUACCUUUCUGCUACUUUCUGCUUAUUUAGCGCCCUUCUGCUCCUUUCUCAUUCUGAUCCCUUUCUGCUCCCUUUUCUAUUUUACCUUUGUGCUCCUUGUGCUCCUUCUGAUUCUUUCUGCUCCUUUACCUUUGUGCUCAUUCCUGCUCCUUGCAGGCCCUUCCUGCUCAUUCUCCUAUUUUACCUUUGUGCUCCUUCUGCCCCUUCCAGCUCAUUUCUGACCCUUUCUGCUCCUUCUACUUUACCUUUGUGCUGCUUUACCUUCCAGCUCCUUGCUGACCCUUCCUGUUCAUUUCUGAUCCUUUGUGCUCCUUCUCCUACUUUACCUUUUAUGCUCCUUGCUGUCCCUUCCAGCUCAUUGCUGCCCCUUUCUGCUCCUUGAUGUCCCUUCCUGCUCAUUUCUAUUCCUUCUCCUUUUCUUACUUUACCUUCCUGCUCCUUGCUGACUCUUCAUGUAGGCUGUCUCCCCCAUCCCUCACUUCCAUAGGCGUGCGCACAGGGUGUGUCAGGUGUGCCUGGGCACACCCUAAUCCCCGCGGCACGCCAAUGGAUUGAGACCGGCAGGGGAGAUCUCUGGAUCUCCCCAGUCGGCUCAUGCAGAGCCGACGCUAUCCAAGCGGCGGCUCUGGUCUAAGCCUCCAUGGGCUGAUGGGGAGAUCAAAGUUCUACCUCACCAGUCCACAGCAGCAUGGAGGGAGGCAGCAGAGAACCUGGGCUAGAGUUCACUCUCCACUGAACCACCAGGGAAGGCAGCAGGACUGGGAUAUUAACUAAUCUGCCCCCACCUCCACCCAAACAUACAGCACACACACAGCACACACAGCCCACAAACAGCACCCACACACAUACAUCACCCUCGCACACACAGCACCCACACACACCCAGCACACUAACAGCAUCCUCACAAACACACAAAACCCACACACAAACAGCACCCUGACAAACACACAACACCCACAUACAGCACACUAACAGGACCAGAACAAACACGCACACACAAACACCCUCUCACACACACACACACAGCACACUACCACGUCCCUCACACACAGCAGUGUGUGUGUGUGUGUGUGUGUAUAUAUAUAUAUAUAUAUAUAUAUAUAUAUAUAUAUAUAUAUAUAUAUAUAUAUAUAUAUAAUUACAAUGCUAAACAAAAAUCUGCACACCAGUCAAGCCAUAAGACUUGCUUUUCCCACAGAAAUCCCAAAUCAGCAGUAAUGUUACAACCGCAAAGGAUUCUGGGUGGGCAUAUGCAAAUUAGUUUAACAAAGAAUCACAUUUUUGCCUCAUUCCAUUUUAAACAUGGAUUCCUUUUAAUUUGUGUUUGCAGUAUACAACUGCUUGGAACACAAUUUAGGAUAAGAUGCAAAACCAGUGAACCACUCAUGGACAGCUGUUUCGUUGUUAAUGCAACUCUUCAGCAUGAGGUUGGUUACUGGUUUGCUUAUGGAGGCUUGGUAGUGCUUGGGAAGCAAGAUCCAAAUAGAUUAUGGUGGGGAAAAAAUUGUGAUUGAAAACCCCUUCCACCUGAAGUAUGUGGAUAGUUAAUACAAUGCUAAACAAAAAUCUGCACACCAGUCAAGCCAUAAGACUUGCUUUUCCCACAGAAAUCCCAAAUCAGCAGUGAUGUUACAACCUAAAUUGUGUUCCAAGCAGUCCCUCACUCCCCUAAUCUAUAGGAUGCCCCCCUCACUCCCCUAAUCUAUAGGAUGCCCCCCCUCACUCCCCUAAUCUAUAGGAUGCCCCCCCUCUCUCUCCUAAUCUAUAGGAUGCCCCCCUCACUCCCUCAUCUAUAGGAUGCCCCCCUAAUCUAUAGGAUGCCCACCCCCUAAUCUAUCUCCUCACUCCCCUAAUCUAUAGGAUGCCCCCCCUCACUCUCCUAAUCUAUAGGCUGACCUCACUCCCUAAUCUAUAGGAUGCCCCCCUCACUCCCCUAAUCUAUAGGAUGCCCCCCUCACUCCCCUAAUCUAUAGGCUGACCCCCCCAUCCCCCACUCCCCUGAUCUGUAGGCUCUCUUUGCUGGCUGCAUGUGUUGCUCCCCUGCGGUUUCACUCAGCAGAGAGAAGCAGGGAUAAGAUGCAGCUUCCUAUCCCUGUCUCUCUCCAUACACAGCACCACCUACUGGCCGGCGCCGGUAUUGCAGUUCAUUUUCAAUCACACGAAAAAUAGCAGAACAAGCUGAAAAAUCCAGGGGGGGCAUUGUUGUACUCUGGGGACAUCACAGCAUACAAAUAUGUGUAUUUUAUUUCAGUAAAUGGUCAACAGUAUUAUGACAUUCAGAGUUUAAAAGGCCAUGCAAAACAUUUCUUAAUUUCUCACAAUUUUUUAGGUUUUAUUCACAUUAAAUUGUGUUUAAUAUAUAAAUAAUUGAUGUGAAAUGAAAGGCCUAUUUCUCCUGAACAAAAUUAUAUAUAAGUGUGGGUGCACUUAUUACGAAAGUGGAAAAUUAUAAUUGAACAAACAUGUAGCUCAGAUUUAGGUUUUGCUUUGGUCAGUACAAUUGCCUCUGUCCUUAGGAUUUAACAAUAAAAAAAGAAAAGUCAGAAUUUUAAAAACAUGUUUUUUCGACUUGGCAAGUCCACAACCCAGCAGCCAUUGACUAGUCAUCUUAAUUUUGUACAUCUGUUUAUUUUUAACUGGUGUAGUUGACCGGAAUAUCUUUUAAACCUGUUCAUAAAAAUAGCUGUAACUCAUAUUAUUUUUAUUAUAGAUAUUUCCACUUUAACAUUUCUUGCAAAUGUACAGGAUGGUAUUUUAAUGUAAAAAAGUGAACGUUUCCCAGGUUAACGUAUUUUUAAUUUUUAAAAAAAAAUUCUUUUCCAUUUGUCAAAAGGUUCGAGCAUAUCCUGAAAUGUAUAAAAAAAAAUUAGGGCUUACAAUUUGAGAUAAAAUAAUUAAAGCUAGCUAAGCAAGUGACAUUGAGAAUUAUGCCCAGGUUGUGUUUUUCAGAAGGAAGUCAUGUCAUAGUACAGUAUUAAUAAUAAAAUUGUUAUUUUUUUAAAUAUUUUUAUAGAAGACGGUGACCUACUCUUGCCAAUUUUCUUUACAUCCCUUUAAAUCCAUUUAGAAGCUACAUUUUGGUGUCCUUUACCAGUGCAGUUUAUAUUUUCUAGACACCAUCCAGUUUCCUUAGAGUUAACAAUCAGAAGAAACCUUUACAAUAUAUCUUCUUACUGGAAAUUGCACAUUUUGUUGAUGCUAAUUUAAACAUUCCAUCAAUCGAUUUGUGAGACAGAAAAAUUGGCCUGGACACACCUGAUGCCCAAGGCCCAUACUUCUCUCUUGACAGUCUGUCAACCCUGCUGCUACUUGUUGGCUACAAUGUGUUCUCAUGUGAACUGAAUUAGCAGAGACCCACGUAGGAAGCCGCACUGGCCUCUGACUCUCUUGUGGCCAAAAACCAGCAGCAAGGGGAGGAGAGGAAACUGCAAUAGGCUGUGUGGUUAUAUAUUUAUUCGACUCACUGAACAAAUUGGGGAGGUCCCCAGUUCUCCCCGGGCAGCUUUUGGCCUAUGACCAUUAUGGCCCAUUGGGCAUUUGUCUUGUUUUCUCCAGGGCCAGUCUGAGAGCAAUGGAUGUAACUCAGCCAUGCGACCUCACAUUGGAGAGUAUGGGGUAAAACCAACAGCCAGAGGCGGAUCCAGAGCCCAAAUUUAUGUAUCAGGUUUUAUCUUUAGAAAAUGAACACAGGUAUUUGCACAAAAAGAUAAAAAAUAAAUGACACUUACCAAAUGGGCAUAUUUCAAGGUGCAAACAUGACCAAGAUGGCAAUCCAAAUGUAAAGUGCAAAAAAAAAAAAAGACUCCCAGAACAGUAAUUUUAUAAGGGACAAUCCAGCACCAUUCAGCCCUAUAAAGGGCUUUUGUUAUGAAGCUUGAUUUGCCCCCAUCCCCUCCGAGAUCUGCUUCUGCCAACAGAUUUGAAAAGCACCUCCAUGUUCUCGCACACAAGGUUAACCUGUUUAUUCAGAGGAAAUUUUCAAGGAAAGUUUAAUCACAGAAUAUGUUCACCCAGUAAACAAGAGGAUAGGGAUAUGAGUCUGCUUGAUAGCUACAUUUCUAUUUUAAGACUUCAACACAGGGAAAGGAAAAUCAGAUUGUAAAUGUGUUUUGAGACUGUGUGAAAUUCAGAACAAGUGGAAACACAGUCUAGGGUUACUUAGAAUGAGUCAACAAGUAUUCAAUUACAUGGAGGGACGUUUCAAAAUCUCUAUUUAGACUGAGAAAAACAUGUCCCAACUUAGAUUUUCAGGUAACACUAUGUACAGGUAAAGUGUGUAGCGUACAGGUUUAAAGUCAAUAACAAAGUAAUCAGUGACACGUUGAGCAAAUAUACAUUGCUGGAGCAAUACAAGAUGAGCUGUCAUGUUUGAGAACAUUUUAGGUGAUACUCUGGAAAACAGCUCCUAUUUCUUAACGCUCUGUAUCCAAUCAAAAGUCACAAAUGUUUUGGUGAUGCAGAGAGUUUGAAAGCUGAUAGCGGUUAAAUUGUAUUCUGUGUGCACACUGGUCAGUGAUGCAGUGCGAAGAUUCUAAGAGCUAUAGGGUGCAUUAAAAGUCAUGUAUAGUCAACAUUAAAAUUCUUAUAAGGAUAAAGGGAAAAGUGUUAGUCCCUGACCUAUAAAAUAAGGUCAGGGACUAAUGAAAGUAUUUUAAAACUUGGGCAGACUAGAUGGGCCAAAUGGUUCUUAUCUGCUGUCACAUGCUAUGUUUCUAUAUGUGUUAACCUCAUUCGAUUAGUCUUGAGAUCUAGAGGGAACUGAUAUGCUGCUACCCAAUUAUACUCUUGACAGUGAUUUUGCCUUGGCCGCGGAACCAAUCUAUAAAGGUUAACAAAUAGAUAUAUACAUUUAAAAUAUCAUCUUUUAAGAUUUGACACAAAUUAAGAUGACUUUUUAUUAAUUAACUACUACUUUUUGAAAUUUAUUAAUUAGGCAAUUCAGAAUGACCGACUCUGUUGUUAAAGGAACAGCGUAUCUUUAAAAUAACUAUUUAUUUUGUUUUUGGAUUGUUUCUUUCAUGGUUUAGAUAUUUGGACUCUCUAAAAUAUAUAUAUAUAUAUAUAAUAUGAAAAAAGCACUAUACCUUGCACUCAAACUCCAAAUUUACAGACCGGGUGCACUCCCAGGGCUGCAAAUAUCCAACUGGUAAUGUCAAAGGUUGCACUCACGGAUUCAUUAAAAAAUAACUUUUAUUAAGUUGUCCUAAAAAAAAUCGACGUUUCAGUCCUACUCAAGGACUUUCAUCAGGAUUAUGUAAACCCUGAUGAAAGUUUACAUAAUCCUGAUGAAAGUCCUUGAGUAGGACUGAAACGUCGAUUUUUUUUUUAUUUAUUUUUUAUUUUUUUUUAAUUUUUUUUUUAGGACAACUUAAUAAGUUAUUUUUUAAUGAAUCCGUGAGUGCAACCUUUGACAUUACCAGUUUUAUAUAUAUAUAUAUUUAUAUAUAUAUAUUUAAAAAAAAAAUUUAAACACUAUAAGACUUUUCUGUAAUCUAGCUCUGGAAAAGUUUCCUCUUAGUAGUAUUCAGUUAUGAUUAUGACUGUCUGAUGAUCCGCUAUAUUAAGAUGUUGUAGUUUUGGUACUUAGAGUGUCCCUUUAAUCCUUUUCUUACCUGCUGUGGGAAAUCAGCAAGUGCUGUAUGGAAGUGGGUACAGAAAAAUCAACCCUCAAAUGACAAUGCUGAUAACCUACUAAGCUUCAUGAAAUGAUUGACUAGUUGUGCAAUGGUGUUCUGGUUUCAAACAUGUAUGCCGAUAUAUUAAGUGACUAUUAUAUUAAAGUACAAUUCAAAAGUGUGAGACUGCAUGGACUGGGUCCUUGCACCAUCACCAUAAAAGGAAAGUGAUGUGGAUAUGGUGUUUGGACUGUCCUUUUAGGUAGCAUUUGAGAACCACUGCUGUAUGAGCUUUAAUGAGUCUUACCAAGUCAGCCAUUCUGAAUGCCAAAAUAAUUGUAAUCCAUUCAUUUGUAUUGACGGGAAUCUUUAGUCAGUGACCUACUUGACUAUCCUUAGUCACAUUCAUCUUUUUGAAGUAGUAAAAAUUACCCAUGUAAGUCCUAGGUUAAGACAAAUAAUUUGUCAACUCAGAUUAGAGGGCAAUUGCAUCUCUGCAACUAGAUUGCAACCUAAUAUAAUAUCUAUAUCAUUUUAUCCAGAUCAUAAUUUGCUUGUUUUUUAUUGUCUGUUUUUGCAGGAUGCAGUGUAUACGAUGUUGGAGAUCUGAAAUUUGCCCAUGUUCCUAAUGACGCACUCUACAAUAACGUUGUUAAACAUCCUCGCACAGUUGGGCUUGCCUGUCAAGUAUUGGCUGAUGCAGUAAGCAGGGCAAUUGGAGCAGGACAUACCUGUAUAACCCUGGGAGGAGAUCACAGGUUGUUGUUCUUUGCAUUUUUUUGUGUUUUUAAUUCAAAUAUUGAUUUUUCUUUCUUAUGAUUUUCAACCGUUAGGGGACUAUAAGCCAUAAGCUAUAAGUGUAUAGCCCCCUUAAAGGGGAACUGUUACUUCCCAGGAUUUUUAAUAUUAUGAAUACUUAUCUCCAUACUUAAAUAAUAUGUAUUUGUGAAGUGUAAAAAUAAAAUUAAAUAGGGAUAUUUACCCCUAAUUAUCUUGCAGUUUGGCCCGUCCAUCUUAGCUCCCUGUCAAUCAUUGUUAUAAGCGCUGUCCUUUGCAGAAGAGAACUGGAUUAUGAUGUAUUUUUCCAAAUCUUUAAUGGAAAUUUAAAGGGACACUAUAGUCACCAGAACAACUACAGCUUAAUGUAGUUGUUCUAGUGUCUGUACCAUGUCCCCGCAGCCAUUUUGCUGUAAACACUGCCUUUUCAGAGAAAAGGCAGUAUUUACAUUGCUACUUAGGGAUACCUCCACUGGCAACUAGAGAUGCUUCCUGGGGCAGUGCUGCACAGAUUAUCAUCAGUACCCAAAGAAAAAUCUCCCUUACUAGUACUGGGGCAAGACACCAAGUAGCAGAGCAGAUGGGCCCCCAAGAGGACAACUUGAAAGUUAAAGCAUUCAAAAGGGUAAGAUGGAAUCCAGAAUCUUCAGACACUAUAACAACUUCAACGAGAUGAACUUGUUCUAGUGUCGGGAACACAAACACGUAUUCCUGACACUAUAGUGGUAAAACAACUAUUUAGGUUACCUUCCCCGUCUCUUUACUUUAAAAAGGUAAUUCUACUUACCUGUUUGUCAGCAUAGCACUCGCUGCAGCAGAUUUCGCCUCUGUUGGUGAGAUCAUCAAAUUUGAUGAUCUCUGCCAAUCCAAUUCUUUCCUAUUGGAAGGCAUUGGGAGGAUAUUGCACAUGUGCAGCAAAACAGUGCUGCGACAAUCCGCAUCUUUACUUAGAGAUGCAUGGAAUUAUGACCCUCUGUUCCUGUGUGUCUAACUCGUCUGGUUACAAAUACGUGUCUGUUAGUCCACCUAUUGUACAGCGUUGCGUAACUUGUUGGCGCCUUAUAAAUAAUAAUAAUCAUGAUGAAUGUUCAACAUCUCCAUGAAGAGCGUGGAGAUUCUUAACACCAGUGUUACACACUGGGCAAGACACAGACCUAGGAAGCACCUCUAGUGCCUAGUGCUUUUUAAUGUUCUAAUCUAGCUGUUAAACAGUAUUUAUUAUACAUUUACUUAUGAAGCUAAUUAGUGGGUUCCCUCAGUGUCUCAGAAUCUCAGAUGCCCCACUUCACAACUUUGGGUCAUGGUGGUAUCUUUUAUAUCAGAAUUUAUAAAAACAUGACAAAUUUGAAUUUUAAUUAAUUCUUUAUUUGCAUUGCUUUUAAUUGCUUAGUAUCGAUGUUGACGACAACAAUGACACAUCUCAUUUCUUGUUCUGCAGCUUGGCACUGGGGUCAAUCACUGGUCAUGCCCAACAUUGCCCAGACUUGUGCGUAAUUUGGGUGGAUGCUCACGCCGAUAUCAACACCCCUCUGACGAGCAAAUCAGGGAGUCUUCAUGGUCAGCCAGUGUCAUUUCUACUGAGGGAGCUGCAGGAUAAGGUACAGCUGCUAUCAUUGACAUUCAUUAUUCAUGACAUCUUGGCUUCGUUUCAGGAAAUAGUGAGGCUUGUCAGGGGCAGGUACUGUACAACCAAUGAGGUAGCUGUUGCAGAGUAGCUUCUGCUGGCAAACAGCCCAGUAAUUUCUGCACAACAUUUAAUUGACAGAUCUUACCAGGAUACCUAAGAACACACCUGUUCAUGUUAAAAUUGCAUGUAAGCUUUCAACCUGUUACAGUAAUGCACAAAUUCUCAAGGUAUCAAAUGUGUCAUAGGGUUCAGAUGUACAGGGUGAACGAGGUCAGGGAACAGGGUACACUCAAAUACCUGCAAUAUGUUUACAAGGCUAUUCAAUGAAGUAAGAAUUCAAAGGGAAUUAUAAUGCUUAGGCCAAAAUAGCUGAUCUGGGAGCACAGCUGACUUAGAAAACUUUUUAAAUUCAGCUAUUUUGGCCUUACAUUUGAAAUUAAGUUUCAAUUCUUACUUCUUACUCUUACUAAUGAAUAACCCUGCUUAUGCGACAUUACUUUCAUCAUUCAAUUAAAGUGAAACUGUCAGUUUAGAUUUUUGCAGAACCCCAUAGCCAAAUAAUUUUAGUUAAAUAAAAACAAGUUAUUGCUUUUAUUUUGUAAAAUGUAUCAGUAGUUUUUAAGCUCCUUUUUUAUUUUUUAGAUUUAAAUGCAGGCAGGCACAUUUGUGCAUACUGUCCUAAUUCUGAGGUCAUUCUGUGAUGUUCAGAAUCUUGAGUGUUAGUUUCUUCAAAAUGUUCUGCCUUGGCUCAAGUCAUUACAAACCCUUGUGUUGUAUAUUACAAUGUACUGGCAAAAGUUUAUUGCAAUCACCAUAACCACUUCAGUGUUUUGAAGUAUCAUUGUGCAAAGUGCCUGUAUGGGCACCGUUUUAGUAUAAAGCACUACACACACACAGAGAUAUUUCAUUUAGAUGCUAAAUCCACCUCCAGCUGCAACAUAAGCCAGUCUGGAAUUAGAUUUUCUAAACUGGCUAAUGUGAAUUCUGGAGAUAAAAUGCAUCUGUUUUCAGCUCCCAUGCCAUGCUGGUGAUGGACAUCCAAUCCUAGCACUGUCCCCACUUCUUCUCCAUUUCUCCCUUUCCACCCUUGAGCAAACACAGUUGCUGCGUAUGCACCUUCAAUUUUGCCUCCCUAUGAGAAACAUUUAAAUAAGCCUCGUGAGUUGGAGUGACAUCAUAAAGGGCGGAUCCAGCUGCAGAGAGAUCUUUGUCUGGAUGUUAGAUUGAAAGUGAGGUGUUUUACUUAGAAGAACAUGUCUGGUUAUAAGUGGAGGCUUGUCCCACCCCACUUUUUGUUGCAAAUAAAAUAAAAAGAACAAUGUGUUUUUGUGGUAAAUACUUUUUUUUUCUUUAUUGAUCAGUGUGUUAGAAAAAAACAUGUUGUGUCAUCAUGAUUAGUUCUGCAGUUCAGGGUGGUCAAUAGAGGCAGGUGGAGCAGCACUGCCUCUUGUUUUUGUGUUGCAAUUAAAAAAAAGUCUAAUCUAUUUUUGUGGUAAGGACCAAUAGCUGUCUGUUAGAAAAACAUAUUGUGUCUGACAUAAUUAGUUAUGUAAUUUAUUAACUUAACUCCCACCUCCCCCCAUGGGAGCAUGGCCAUAGGUACAGGUGGUUCAAUGAACCUCAGUUUUUAUUGUCAAUAAAGAAAUCCAAUCUGUUCAUAUAGGAAAGGAAUACUUUUUAAGUCUGUAAUGAUUGGUUCCGCAGUUUAUAACAAUCUUAUUGCUGUCUAGAGACGCUGCUGUGCGGUUAUGCAACUAAUCAGGUUUUGGGGCUUAUUUUUUGAAUCACCCCGUUUAUGCGUAUAGACUUCUCAAAAAUGCUUAGUCUGCUGUGCCAGGAUCUCUGAUUUCAUGCAUUUUUUUUUUUGCAUUGGGCCCUCAGAACCUGGAUGUCAUGAACAGCACUGCGGACUAUAUAAAUGAUGUUGAACAAGGCAUCCGACUGUCUAAUAUUAUUUAAUAUUAGCCUAUCUUACCUUUUACCAAUGAACUUUUUUUUUCUCAUGUUUUUCAUAAUUUUUUUUUUUAAAUCUUAUUUUUUUUCUAUCUUGUCUUACUUCUCCCAUCAUAUUGAAAUAUAAACCUUCAGUUUCACCAUCAUCAGUCACCACUGGUUAGGAAGCCGUAAAAAAAAAAAGCUGUGAGAGAAUAGGCAAUGAAUCGGUUAUUUGUACCAUAACCAAAGAGGACAGUGUCAAAAUGCUGGAAGGAGCCUCUUAGGAGUGAAGUAUGUUGCAAUUUAAACCUAAAUUGCAUCUAAUAGUAGUUUAGUGUCCACGCACUUCUUUGUGGAUUUUUAUUGUGUAUGCUGAAUUUGUUGCGUCAGUGUGUGACAUCAGAAAUAGUUCCCUUUAACUCAACCAAGUCCACUCACAUCUAACAAAGUAGAUUUAAAAAAGUGUUUUCUUUUGAAAUUGACACUUUUAUAAAGUAAGAAAGAGGAGGCACUCUGUUAACCGCGGAAGCACUUCAGCAAACCAAGAUACUUUAGAGGUUUGGAGUGUUCAUUUAAAGAUUUAACAAGUGAUAUCACGAUCUAUUUCAGUCUAGACACAGACAGGGCAUGUAUUGCACUGGAGGAGUCUCUUCCUGCUUUCUCGAGGUAGGUGCAAAGGGCAGUGCAUAUAGCAAUGAUUGACAGGGAGCUAAGAUUGCAGAACUCAGGUCCAAUAUGGAGCUCAAUACAGAGGUGGCGAUUUAUACAUUUUUGUUUUAUUUUUCACACCUCAUAAACGCAUAUUUGUUAAAUAAAGGGCAAAGUAAACAUUAUAAUGAAAAUCCUGAGAAGUAAGGUUUUCCCUUUAUGUUUUUCCAAUGAAGCCCAUUUAUUCAGCAGUCUAGCCAGCCGUAUCAGCAAAUUGGGAAAUUGCAACUAAGUAAGUGAAAUAUCUUUGUUUUCUAAACACUGCACUCUGCAUUGUCAGGGGAACAAUUGUCAAAAUCUAUUCUCCUGCAAAUUUCAUCAAUUGCUUUCAUAGGCUGAAUUCUCCCACACAAUAGAAAUGAGUAUUGGUGGUAGGCAGGCAGGCAAUGGUGUCACUUAGACAGAACUAUUGUUUUCUCAAUGCACUGUGGAAAUAAAUUUUAUACUAUAAGAAAGGUAUGUGAAUUAAUAAAAACCUGCUGAUAUUUAUAAUUCAUGUAGCUGUUGAUAAUUUCGUAUUUAAAUAAAAUGAAACAGACAAAUGAUUAAAGGGACACUUAGUAAAUACAAUUUAUCAAAGGGGCACUCCUAAGCAACAACAGCACUACAUCUUACAACAAAAAAUCACUACAUUGCUGUUUUCCUUUGUCUAGAAACACGCCUCUAGUGGCUGUCAUCCAGUCAGCCAUUUAAACAACCUCCACAGCAAGUUGGCACCGAACGCAGCUAAUUGUUUUUUUUUGUUAUAGAGAACUAUAUUAAAUAUCAUCUAACAUAGGGUAGUAUGUUGUUAAUUGUAGUUUCUUUUUAAUCACACUAGAAGGCUUGUUGUAAGAUGAUUCACUGUUAUGAGUGCUCUGACAAUCUAGAUUUUGUCAGUAUCUCCAAAAAUAGAAUUGUGUUUUUAUACUCCACCUCCUCUAGAUGGUAUACUGUUUCAAACAGGGUCUUCAUCAACCUAUUCCUGCAACAUUUUGUAAUUGCCUUAUUUCUUGUAAAAUGUUUCCCUUUAUAAUAUUGUAAAGUGCUGCUUCUUAAGUUGGAGCGAUAUAAAUUCCAUAAUAAUAAUAAUAAUAAUAAUAAUAAUAAUAAUAACUAAAUCUUAAACUGCUUGUGUUUCUUGAGAACUUGAGAAAGAACUGCAGUUGGGUCAAACUGUUGUUUUUUUAAAAAAAAUCUUUAUUUUUCUUGUGCAAAGGAGAAAAACAAUCUGCUUGUAGCACCCCAACAGUGUUGACAAGCAAUGCAUUUACUUACAGGAAUAAACAGUGUCAUUGCAUGAGAUAGUCACACACAUUUUUAUAACCAAAAAAUAAACAGGCUGAUUUGUAAUUCACUUAUACAUUAUAGAGAAAGCUCGAUAGGUAUGUUGAGCAGUUCAAGUGAACUGAACCAUGUUGGCAUUUUAGCUACACGAUUGAUGUAUAGUACGCUAUUUCUUCUGGAUGGGUUUACACUUUUAGAUAGUUAAGUACGGAAUGCCACCUAGGGUAGACGUGUUUGUGCGGGGAAUGUGUCAUCGACCUGGUGGUGCAGGUUUAAGGAGGGUUUUUAUGUCUCCCAUAGGAACUGUAAUAGUUAAAAUACGCGUUUUGUUAGUUCCCUGGAGUCUCCCCAUAGGCGUGUGUCUACUUGUGGUGUAGGCCACUGUAGGUAUACCGGUCUACGUGGGCAUUCCUGUGCUGAGAAGCUUGAUAUGACUCAAUUGUUGGCAUGGGCUCAAGGUGAUAUUAGUUAUAGGCGGUGUGGGGGGGCGGGUAUGGGUUCGUGACCCUUACAUGAGGUCUAUCACCUGUGCUCAUGACUGCUUGGGUUACCCCCGCUUUGUGGGGGGGGGGAAGGGGUCGGGCGGGUGUGGCUCUGCUUGUGGUAAGUCCAAAGAGGGCUGAGGCUGUGCUCUUUUGAGCGGGUAAAGUAAGUUGCCCCCAUUUGGGCUAUUCCCUAAGAGAGGUUGCAAUCUACGGUGCGGCAAGUGAAAAACAUAACUGAAAUAUAGAAAUAAAAUAUACGUGCUGAACAUUGUUAAACUUGUACAUAUUAUAACAGUAAGGAUAUUAACUGCCUUCUCUGGUUUGUCUGGAGUUAGGUAUGCGGGCGAGCCUCCGAUUGGCCUCGCGGGACGAAGGGGACCACAUGGCUUGGGUCCCAGGUUGGGGUUGUACAUGUAGUCUCUGGGGGCAGUGUAGGUAGUCCCAAAGCUUGCAAGAAGGCGGGAGCCUUAGUGAUGUUGGAGAGCCGGUAGACUGUUCCUUGGUGCUUCACUAUGAGUGACCUUGGAGAGCCCUAGUUGUAAGCCACUCCAGAGUCUUUCAGCUGGUUUGUCAAAUGAGUAUGGGGUCUUGUCUCGGAUUGCUGUCAUGACAUGUCCCUUAUCUUGAAAGGAGGAGCAGCGCACCACUACAUCCAUUGUCACAUUAGGGGACUUUUGGAGGCGAUAUGUCCCGUCAAGGGCUAUCUUCUUUGCCUGUGGCUGGGGUAGUAUAGUCGCAAACAGCCGUCUUAGGUAGUGUGGUAGUUCUUCUAAGGGGAUAUCAUCAGGUAUGCCGCGAAUCUUAAUAUGUUGUCAUCUGUAGCGGUCUUCCAUGGCAGUCAUUUGUGUGCUAAGUGCCUGUUGAGAGGUUUGGACUUGCCUUAUGGUGUCUUGCAUCGCGGACACAUCCUUGUGUAUGUCCAGAAUGUCCUCUUCUGAGGCACGGACCCUGUUAGUUACUGCCUGAACCUCCUCCUUUAUCACUGCAUUGUCCGAUUCCAGACACUUUUUGAUUUCUAGCAUGAAGGUUUGAAUGUCCUGCUUGGUAACCAGCUCGGUCCCUCCCUGGGUCAGCAAGGGUGCUGUAGUCACUGUGAGCUCUGGUGGUGGGGCUGCUGGUUCUGCGGGGCUUGGUGCAGGGGAUACCUCCUUGUUCUUUGCAGUCGCCAUUUUGUGUUGCGGUUGUUGCUGCAGGAGCGUUCCGAUGUCUCUAGUGUCGGACACCGCGGCUGCUGCAGGUCUCUGGGAUCGACUUCCCAUGGUUGUUCCCACUGUCUGUGGAGUCGGUGCAGGCGGUUUGGUCUGCCAGAAUGGGUCUCCCUCCGGAGAUCCGCCGAGGAGGUACUCCAGUCUGGAGAUGGAGGGUGCGUGGUAGGCCUCAGACCUGCGUUUCGGUCCCUUCGUCCGUGGGGAGUGGAAGAAGGGCAUCGGGCUCUGUAGCAGGGUAUCUAGGCGUGUUGUCACUGUGUGCCGCCGUGUAGUUGCUUAUUUUCUCAUUUUUAUAUCGAUUUUUGUGCCGUUCUUGCUGGAGCUCAGCGAGAUGGCGUCCGCUCUGCUCCAGUGCUGGCUCCGCCCCCGGGUCAAACUGUUGUUAACUGGCUUUGGGAACCUCCAUACAUUGAGUGCUUUUUCAUGUAUUGACGUGUUAGGAAUUUUUCUUUUUGGAUUAUAUAUUAAAUGGUUGCGGAGCCAGAGUCCAUUUUUUUGCACCUUUAAAGUGUGACUAUAUAAAAAUAUAUUUAUACAUAUUAUAAGUGGGAGUUUGUGGCACCGUCCCUUUUAUUUAUUUUUAUUUAAUUUGUAUUUUUUUUAGAUUGAGGACUGGAUUGGGAACCACUGUAGACUCAUUGUCAAGUACCAGCUGCUAACAUGUUUAAAACAUUAAUCAAAAAAGUGUAUUGGAAGACUGUUAAAUGGACUGAGUUUAACGGUUGUAUGGAUUAGCCCAUUAUUAAUGGUGAUUAUAUAGUAUUAUAUUACAAAACAAUGAGUGCACCAUUUAAAGAACCAUUAAAUUCCUAAUUUAUAUCAAUUUUUUUUUUAAUACAGAUGCCAAUAAUCCCUGGAUUCGCUUGGGCUAAACCAUGUCUUUCUAGGUCUGACAUUAUAUACAUCGGUUUGCGUGAUCUUGACCCAGCUGAGCAGUAAGUAAUUUAAACUUUAAAAAAUGUCACAAAAUAUAUCCUAACCAACUAUACAUGUAUAUAAUUUUUCAUUUUGACACUUUAUUGCCUUAAUGUGAUGACAUAGAAAUGAUCAAAGAGUAACAUUUAUUCUAAAUACAAUCUUUAUAACAUUUAUAAAAACAGCAUGUACAUAUAAAUAGUUUCUUUAAGCUUACAAAAAGUAUAAUUGUUUUAUUAAAUAUUGUUAUGGUGUGAAUUUAAACCACAAUAUGAAUAGUUUAAGCACUGAAUUGUUGUGAAAUUAAAACCCAAUUGCAAAAUUUAGACCUAAAUAGCAGAUUUGGAAGGAAUUGUUUGUUGCCAGUAGGUAUAAAUUGGCACCCUGGGGGUGCUCUUUAGCACCAUCGCAGAAUAUAAACAGAAAAAAACAUGAUAAUGCCAUCAUUUUCUGGUCAAUCAAAGUUACAUAUUUACAUAGUAAUAUAGGCUGAAAAUAAAGUCCAUUAACUACAGCCUUUUACACACAUUCUUGUCUGCUGUUGAUAAAAAAAAGUGGAAAAUAUAAAUGUAAUUAGGCUUAAGUAAUGCCAAUAAAUGCUGAGAAAAAAUCCUUCCAGACUCCAAAAUUACUUGCACCAACAAGUUGUUACCAUACAUAUUACCUACUAUAUCCCAGAAUAUUAUAUUUUAAAAAAAAAAUACCAUCAAAAGUUCUAUAAGAAUGUGUUCUUUUCAUAUUGUGCAAUGAUUUUGAAAGAAUUCCUCAUUUAUUUCUUUUGUAAAGAAUCCAUUCCUCUGCCUUCGGUGAAGUCUUCUUUCUCUAAAUGAAUAGCCUCUUGUCUGUCGUUCAGUCCUAAUAAUAAACUUGAUACCAGAGAACAUUUUGUACAGGGCCUGUAUAUGUUAUAUCAAAUUCACUCUGAGACAACUUUUUCAAAAGUAAACAAUUUGUCUUUCCUUUCUCACACAGUAAAGUAGAUAGGCUACACUGAGUUGUAGCAGUCCAAACAGCUUUAAUAAAAGCAAUACACCCCUAUAUAUACAACCUUUCGACUCCAAUGAGCCUUUAUCAUGAUAAAAUCUAUUUACUGUACUUUACUAUGUGAGAUAUGCUAGGACUGGUGGUGUCCCUCUAACACUGAGUUCUAGGACAAGUGAGAAGCUGAUUGGGGAUGGAACAUGUUUGAGCUGGUGGAUUACAUUAUCUAGCCUUUCCAUUCCCCUGACUAUUUUUUUUUUUUUUAACCCCUUAAGGACACAUGACGGAAAUAUUCCGUUAUGAUUCCCUUUUAUUCCAGAAGUUGUGUCCUUAAGGGGUUAAGCUAACUUUAUUUCUUCACAAACAUUUAAAUGAAAUGAAAGAUCCUGUCUGUGAAACACUGUGGUCAUUGUUUGUGUUAUAUAGAGUUUACUUUUAUAAUUUUAUAAUCUGAUUUGCAUUUUAUCAUUUUGAUUUGCCUUGCAGGUUUAUUCUGAAGAAAUACAAUAUCAGCUAUUAUUCAAUGAGACACAUUGAUUGCAUGGGAAUCCAUAAAGUUAUGGAGAGAACAUUUGAUCAACUACUGGGCAGGUACGCUGUGGAUUAUGGUUAUCUACCGAAAACUUUGGUGACAUUAGUGACUAUAAAUAUCUAAUAUCAAGCGUUUCAUCAGUAAUAGAUGGAUUACGAGUUCUGACAGUUUAUCUAAACAUCUGAAUAUUAUGAUAUUGUACAUAAAAAUAAGGAGACAGGAAUAUAGUUGUGCAUAUGCAUUAUAUGGUACAAUACCACCAUGUAUAAGUUUUAGCUUCUCAUCUGAUGUAAAUAUCUUAGGUGCGUACUACAGAGGAAAGCAGUAUUUAGAAAGACAUGGAGUAAACACUAAACUGCAGUGAAUUAAUAACAAAAUUGCAACAUUUAAGCUACAUUAAAGGACCACUAUAGUGCCAGGAAAACAAACUUGUUUUCCUGGCACUAUAGUGUUAAUAGGUCCCCCCUCCCGCCGGGCUCUAGGGGGAGGAAGGGGUUAAAGGCUUACCUUUCUCUGGCGCUGGGGACUCUCCUCCCUCUUCCGCCGAAUGCGCAUGCGCGGCAAGAGCCGCACGCAUUCAGUCAGUCCAUAGGAAAGCCUUCUCAAUGCUUUCCUAUGGAUGCUGGCGUCUUCUCACUGUGAGAAGCGCAGAAGCGCCUCUAGCGGCUGUCAAUGAGAUAGCCACUAGAGCAGGGGUAGGCAACCUUUUAGCAGUACUGUGCCAAUAUAGGAUUGUGAUGUCCUAUUUUUUUAAAUUGAGGUGUGUAUGCUGCCGUAUUCUGCUUGUGUUAUUUAUACUGUAAUUGCUUUGUAUCAUUGUAUUUGUGCGUAUAUGAGUUAUUUUAUUGUAUAUGUUCAGGAGUAGUUUGUGGUAUUGUGUAUGAUACAUAUGAAUGUGGGCUGUGUAUGGGGGCUGCUUGUGGAAUUGUGUGUGUGUGUGGAUGGAUAUGUCACAUUGUGUGUUAAGUAGUGUGUGUGUGUAUGGGGGCUGCUUGGGGAAUUGCAUGUGAGAGGCUGCAUGUGGGGUUGUGUGCAUGUAUGUGGAUUGUUAGCGGGUUACGUUUGUGCGGAUUGUAUGUAUGUUUGUUUGUGGGCUGUUCAUAUUAUUUGUAUGAGGGGGGGUUAUUGUGCAUUUCUGUGUAUAUCUAGCAGUGUGGGUGGCUUCCCUGGGUUCCAGGCUGGCCAGGUACAGGAGGUGCAACAGCAGCUGCAGGCUUCUCUAAUAAAGUGUGAAUUCACAUUCACAAGUGCUGGGAGGAAGUGAUCUGAGAUCACUUCCUCUACGUGCUGCAAUGCAUAAAUUGAGGAUUGUCCUUCACCACCUUUUCGUAUUAGCAGAUAUCUGAAGUUUCACUGGGGCUCCUGAUAGGCCAGAGCCUGUUUGGCUCUAGCAGCCUUGAGUGCCGUGCAAAGACACUUUGAGUGCCGUAGGUUGCCUACCCCUGCACUAGAGGCUGGAUUAACCCUAAUGUGAACAUAGCAGGUUCUCUGAAACUGCUAUGUUUGCAGCAGGCAGGGUUAACCCUAGAUGGACCUGGCACCCAGACCACUUCAUUGAGCUGGAUGGCUAUAGUGGUCCUUUAAUCAAAAUGUGAUUUUAGCCAAACUGGAUAUUUUUCGAAAUUAUUUAUUGUGGUCUACAUUUUAUAAUGUGGUUCUCAAUUCACCACUGUUCCCUUUUAAAUCCCAUUCAUUCACAAAAGCUGAAUUACCCUACUAUUGGACAGUGUUUAUUAUGGAAAAGAAAAUUGUGUGUCUAAAUGUGGGCCUUUGAGUAGGGCAGACCAGUAGAAGAUAUGAUGAUGAUAAGUUGGUAAAAAUAGCAUAAAGUUGUUUGGAGCAAAAAUUUUGGCUGCCUGUGCUAUUGGCACCGUCCUGGUUCCAAAUGACUACUUUCAUAAUACAAAAGAGAAACACCCCAGCACUUGGCAAUUCUGGAUAUAAUGAUGGUUUUAUAAGGUCAUCAAAGAGCAAUGUUUCGACACCAAAGGUGUCUUUUUCAAGCCAUAAAUAAGGUGUAUCAUACCAAUCUGUUAAAUAUAGGUGUUCACAAGAAGAAUCAUCCAGUCACAAUGCUGUUUAACACUUUUGGUGUCAAAACGUUACCCUUUGACUGAAUAAAACCAUCAUUAUAUCACUAAUUGCCGAGUGUUGGGAUGUUCCGCUUUUCUAUUAUGAUGAUGAUUUGGUGUUCAGGGACACCUGGAGAAGGGGUACCCCGGCUCAAAAAGGGGCUGAGUGGCAAUCUUCAUUCCAGUUCAUCCUAAAGGUGUUUGAUAGGGUUCUGUGCAGGCCAGUCAAGUUCUUCCACACCAAACUCAUCCAACCAUGUCUUUAUUUACCUUGCUUUGUGCACAGGGGCACAGUCAUGCUGGAACAGAAAAGGGCAUUCCCCAAACUGUUCCCACAAAGUUGGAAGCAUAGCAUUGUCCAAAAUGUCUUUGUAUGCUGUAGCAUUAAGAUUUUCCUUCAUUAGAAGGAAGGGGCCCAGCCCAACCCUUGAAAAACAACCCCAUUCUAUUAUCCCUCUUCCACCAAACUUUACAGUUGGCACAAUGCAGUCAGGCACGUAACAUUCUCCUAACCACUGGCCAAACACAGACUCGCCCAUCAGGCUGCUAAACAGAGAAGCGUGGUUCGUCACUCCACAAAACACAUUUCCACUGCUCCAGAGUCCAGUGGCGGUUUGCAUUACACCACUCGAUCUGGCGCUUGGCAUUGUACUUGGUGAUGCGAAGCUUGCAUGCAGCCUCUAAGCCAUGGAAACCCAUACCAUUAACCUCCCUCUGCAGUUUUUGUGCUGAUAUUAAGGCCAGUGGAAGUUUGGUACUCUGCAGCUGUGAAAUCAGCAGAGCACUGGAAACUUUUACGCACCAUGUGCCUCAGUACUUGGUGACCCUGCUCUGUGACUUGGUUAUCUCCACUUAAUGACUGAGUUGCUGCUGUUCCUAAACGCUUCCACUUUCCAAUAAUGCCACUUACAGCUGACCACAGAAUGUCUAACAGGGAUGAAAUUCUAUAAACUGACUUAUAUCAAAGGUGGCAUACUAUCAUCGUACUACGCUUGAAUUCACUAAGCUCUUCAGAACAACCCAUUUUUUUCACAAAUGUUUGUAUAUGCAAACUGCAAAAAUAGGAUCUAGGAAUAUGCUAUAGCAUAAUACCUAAAGGCAAAAUCGUUUAAUCUAGUGCAGCUAUUGUGUAUAAGUUGCUGUAGCCCCAACAGCAAGCAAAAUAUAGCAAUCCAAAGUAUUCAUCCAUAAAGCACAGCAUAGUUAUAGGUACAAGUGCAGCCCAAAUGUAUUUAAAGAGCAUCCACAGUACAGACAUGAGUGCAGACUGCAUGGCUAGCUUCUUGAGUUUAUACAUCUGUGGCAAUGGAUCUGAUUAAAACAACUGAAUUCAAUAAUUAAGAGGUGUGCCCCAAUACCAUUGACCAUAUAGUGUUUGUAUGCAUUGCAUUUAAUGCAUAUAAUAUAACUAGGAUACCAAUGGAACAGUCAUGGGAGGGCUUAAUAAAACACAAAAUAAUGAUGACUUUAGACAGGCAAUAUGUUUUAUCUAAUAUUUGUCUAGCUAUUCAGAUUGGACUUGUGAUAUGAAUGUUUACUUGUUUAACCAGAACAUAAGCUAGUGGUUUCUUUUUGGUUCCAACAUUGUUUAUUUCAUGCAUAUUUAUUUGUAUUUAUGAUGCAGGAGACAGAGGCCGAUUCAUCUAAGCUUUGACAUUGAUGCUUUUGACCCAACGUUGGCUCCAUCUACAGGAACCCCAGUCCUAGGAGGACUAACCUACAGAGAAGGUGUCUACAUCACUGAGGAAAUACACAACACAGGUAAGUUAAUGAUCCUUAAUUGCUCACAAAAGCGUAAGGGCAUCCUGGGAACUGACAUCAUUGUGAGGCAGUGAGUGUGGGUAUUUCAGUGGCACAUUGCACAAUAGUCCUUAUGCAGCAGUGGGAAACGUGGAAAUCACCUUCACUCUCCUACUAUAGCAAGAAGAUGUCAUUCCCAUGUGUUUCCAGUGCACUCGAACCCUAGUUAUCUGCCAGGAUGUUGAAUAAAUAUACUCAAUGAUAUUUCUCACAACUGUGGAUCUACAACAAAAUUCACUUGUUUGCUCAUUCCUACCAGCAUUACAGAAUACUAAGGCAAAGCCUUAUAUAUUUGUUAUAAACAGACCUGCAUUGAUUAUCUCAUACAAAACCUUAGAAUGGGUAGGAACACUGCACACAAAAACUCCUAGAAUUACAAGAUAAAAGGGAAACCAGUCUCCUUACGUUCAACUGUUUUAAUGACCCCUAUUUGCUGUCCCUGGGCAAUCUAACUUGUAUAUGUUGUAUGCUCUUUUAUUCUUCUUAAAUAAUGAUUUAACACAGGGAAGCUAGUUGUUAAAAAUAUUUUCCAUAUGACAAUUUUAAUCACGAGUCUGCCAAAAUGCUUUAAUAAGUAGAACAAAAAACAAAGUUACCUGUGCUCUAUCCCAAAUACCUAUUCACAUUUAAAUAUCUGGAGUAUUUUUUUUAAUGUUACUCCAAUGGCCAUUUAAGUGUAUGCUUUAAUAAGUACCUAUUGCCCAUUUUUUUCCAGGUAUGCUGUCAGGUAUGGAUCUUGUAGAAGUCAAUCCAUUACUAGGUGCUACCUCUGACGAAGUCAAAGCAACUGCAAAUCUUGCUGUAGAUGUGAUCGCUUCAUGUCUUGGGGAUACAAGAGACGGUGCUCACAUGAUUAUAGAUGAUCUGCCUACACCUAGUACAACGUACGAAUCAGACAAUGAAGAACAAGUGAGAAUUUAGCUUCAGUCAACGUGACACUCCUUGUUCAUUCCAGGACUCUGAUUCAGCACUGAAGGGUGGACCUAAUUUGACAGAGAAUGCUCUGUUUUGCAAUUUGUUUUUUGACCAAUGACUGUCUAUAAUGCGAACUCGAACUGCAAAUAGCAGAUUAACUUUGGACUAUCUUGUAAACUGUGGGAUAUUAGAAUGGCUGACCCUAUACCAUUUUAAACUGUAUGAAUUUUACUGUUUGGGAUUAUUUUAACCAAUGGUUGGCCUUGAUAGUCCUGUGUGCUGUGGCAUCUGAUGGCAUCUUAAAUGGAGGUAGCCACACUGUGUAAUGUUUUACCAAGUCGUGGAAGACCUAUUGUUUGCAUGACUUGAGUUGUCAUGGACUACAGAAGUGGAGGCUAAAUUGUCCUCCAGACAUUUACUUUUUUUGUAACUGGAUCCUACUAAAGUCUAUCAGGUAACUCUAUAUUUAGAGCCUGGUUUCCAUAUUAGACAUAUUGUAUAUUGGUUUAAGCGCUGAAUUUCUUAUUUGAGGGCAUAACCUAGCUAUCAUUGUCAAGUCUGCAGACUUGCUGCCAACUUUAUAGGUUUAAGUAUGGCUCCCAUGCUAUGUGAACAUUUCACAAUUUGAUAUAUUUAUAUAUAUUUGCAUAAUUAAUUUAAUAGCUAAUCAUUGCCCAACAUAAACAUGGUAUAUGCCCAUCAAUGAAACACUGGCUCUACAUCUGGCAAAAAAAAAACAUAUGAAAUCUUAAACAUUGUGUGUAGGGUUGUGGAAGUCUUCAAACUUUAUGCUAGGUUAUGUUUAUGCAGUGUUUUUGAUUUAUUUUAUUCAUUUUAAUUUCCUAUCUUAUAUUGGGGAAGAUUUAUUUAUCAAGACAAAAACAGUUUCUAUUAUGGGGCUAAUUAAAGAGCUCACUAAGGGGCAAUCACCAUGGAAGGCAAUACAAUGUACAAUUUAGCACUUUGAAUCCAGAAUACCACCUGUUUUUCCUUGAUAUAGCGCCAACAUUGUCUCUUCCAAUAGGUCACAACUAACUCACUGAAUAGAUGUCAAACUUUAAGUGUUUGUUUUGUGUUUUUUUUAUUCCGCACCGAUAUUGUUACAUUAGAUAAUAUUGUGCAGAAAGUUUCUAUUUUUUAUAAUUUAAAACUGGAUCCUAAUUUGAUUAAUUACUUUCUUUUAGCAGGCCUCUUGUGAGAUGUUAUUUCUAGCAUUAAUAACUUCUUAGAAUAAUAUCUUUUUUUUAACAGCAUGAAAAUAGAUGAUAAAUUACCAUUUUAAUUGACAAUUUAACAAUUAACAAAAGAUUUAAACAUCUGUUUAAAUAUGCAUAAACGCCAAUAAAAUUGGAUUUUUUUUCAAUGUUCCUUUCUCUGACAUGUAUUUUUCUGGUUGUCCACAUUUCACUAGUAACAUGCUAAAAUCUGUCUGUGAGUAUUUGUUUUGAAAUUCUAUUUCUCAACAUUUAAUUUUCACUAGUGUAUCACAUGGUUGACCCUAAUGCUAAAUGUCC